ACGAGUGGUGGACAGGGUCAGGGAUUGUCAAGUCAACAAAGAACUCAGGUCCCUUUGUGUCAGAUUUUAGUAUGUUAGUCGAUUUGGACUUUCCUUUGUUCAACCGGGAGCUCUAAAUGGUAAUUUGUUAUUUCAGAUUGCUACUAGAAGAUGUAAUUGAAACAGGAAAGUAUGUUAUUUGUUGAAAACUGUCACAGUUGAAGUGAAUGACAAGAUGUCGGGACAAAGUAGUCAAUGGGUGCGUAAGUCGUCCCCUUCUUCUAAACAUGGGCCGAUGAAAGCUACGUUGCCGAUGUCUUCAUUAACUAGACAGAACAGUAAUCUCAUACAAAGUCAAAAUAAUAGUCCUACGUUAUCUCCUACUUCUUCUUGGAAAUCAAGAACUUCUCCCGAUCCUCCUUUGUCUGGACUUAGAAGCCCCGGGGCCGUAAAUUACAGAGGUAAAAGCAAGAGGCUAGAGUACCUGAGCACCAUCAGAAGAACUGCAUCCUUGGACACUAUCUAUCUGAUGGGUCAGUGGCCGAGGGACAUGUACAGUGGACUGCUGCAAGUGGACAAAGCAACUCAGACUGAAGAAACUAUGGGAGAUCCGAGAAAAGCUCAUCGCCAUUGUGAAACUCCUUCAAACGAAGACAAGCUUGAGAAAUACAUCAGACACAGGCUCCAACGCGUGGGGUCGAGCCGUGAACGGACUGCAGCCUUUGGUUUGAUGUUGGCUCCAAUUGGCUCCACGGAGCACGGGUCUCAGACAGCCACGCCUCCACCGUUCUCUCCCCCCGGCCGCAGCAGAGCUCCGAUGCGCAGCUCAAUAGAGGGGCUCAACCAGGAGAUAGAGCGACUCGUACUGCGAGCCACAUCCACUCUGAGCACCGAGCGGGAGGAAGAAAAGUUGCAGCUCGUACAUCAAGCUACUCCUGAAGGUCAUCGUGCUCCACUAGCAGAUCUACUCCGCUCCACUCGCUCAGUCAACACACAGACUCCGGCCUUUAGUUCUCACUCUUCAGGACCUCCUUCUCGGGAGUCUGGAUCACCUCUAGUGGUCGGCAACUUUGAACUGGCUUCUCGUCCUUCAAGUGACUUCCAAGGAAGUGGUGAUUCCUCUCCAGAACAAGACAGUAGACCAGGAACUUCUCCUCGAAUCAACAAAUUUCUUGCACGAGAACCUCCAGAUGGCUGUGAACGAGUUAGCCUCAAGUUCUCAGAAGAUGUUAGUAACCGCAAGCCUAUGCUGGAUCUGAGCCUGAUGGAGCUGUGUCCCAUCAAGCCAAGCACCGCGUGUCAGUUUAAGCCUAGUCUCGGGUCAGCGUUCAUGCCUCUCAGUCGGCCAGUGGCCACGUCAGCCACCACUUCUCACGACCCUCCCUCCCAACUGUAAAACAUCUGGCGAAAACGAAAAUACAGAACUCCAGUUUUGUGUAGCCGGCAUCACUUAACAGUACAAUAAUAAUUACCUUCAUAGUUUUAGUUAACAAUGGUUGAAUUGAAGUGGAACCAAAGUUCUACUUUGUUCGAGCUUAAAUUGUUAUUCCAUUAUUAUAGUGUUUUGUAUUUUGUAUAAUUAUAUUAGCACCUUUCAGUCAGGGGGGUAUCAUGGAUUGAGUGUUUUUAACAAUUAGAGAUUUUUAUGAAAUGAUGGUCAGCUAAUUUCAGAUACUACGGUACAUCACCUUAAAUAAAUAAUAUAAUUGGAGAAGAAAAUGCAGGGGUUUGUUAUAAAAAAGAUAAUUUUCUAUCAUGGGUAUAGUUAACUACGGGUAGACUGUUUGUUUUAAUAACAUAUUUAAUACCUAUUCAAACGACUUUCUAAAAUUUUCUUAAGUAUCAAUAUAGCCUAAUUUUUGUUUUAUUCUUGUAUGUUUACCUCAAGAUUCAUGAGCUCCUGUAACCAAAUUGUGGAGGUGGAAUUGAUGAUUAUGAUUGAAGUCUAGACUGUCAACCAAUAGUUUUCCUCUAACUUUUUACCAUUGUAUUUAACCAGUUUGAACAGUGAUGCCUUGUUUUGUUUUGUUUUACGACUGAAUAGUAUACAACUUAGAAACAUUUUUCUGUAGAUUUGUUCUUUAGUCCUUCAAAUUUGUAACUAAUUACAUAGAUCAAACAUUUAUUUAUGUAAACAUCCAUGAUCCCCAUCCCUGGCUGAAAAACAUUGAAUGAACUGAAUUUCGCUAAGUUGCUCUGUACUUAUAUAGCAAUGUUGUUACUGUUGCUUAACUUCAAAGUGCGUUUAACUAGAGUAUGUUUAGCAGAAUUGUUGCAAGUACAUGGUUUAUUCUGUAAAAUCUGGUUAUCUUUGGAUUUUGAUUAUUUAAAUGUUGUAUUCAAGAAAUGAUAAAAUAUUUUUUAUGGGGUAUAAAAUAUUUUAACUUCUCUGGGAACUAUUUUGUACAGUGGUAAUUUGUAGGAAAAGUUAAAUAUCUCAAUUAAUAUACCUAUCGUAAAUACUUUUUCCAAUAAAAAUUUUGUUAACAAAGGGCUCAAAUGUUGAAAUACUUUCUCUUAAAAUUUUGGACUUCAGGAAUUUUGAAGUUUCAUGACCUCUGAAAAAUUAGUAAUAAUUUUUUCCUCUGAAAGGGUAAUUAUUUACCAACUAUUUAUUCAAAACUUCAAUGGGGAAAAUGCACAUUCAUGUACUAAUUUAAAUUUACUAUGUACUGCAACAAAAUUUGACCAUAAAAAUGGCAAUCUAACAAUUAAAUGCACUUUGAAUUUUGUACAAAUAUGUUUGUUACUGUCUGAUUUUAAGAUGACGAAUUAUACUUGUUUGUAAAGUGUUUCUUUGGAAGGCAGACAGAGUAUUUAAAAUGUUAUUUUAAACAUUUGAAAUGUCGAUGUAAUGGUACUGUUCAGUCAUAAUGUGUCUUUAAUUAGAUGUAAGAAAGUGACUUGUUACCUCAGCCAGCAGCUGUUUGUUAUAACCUUGAAAAUCUCUAGAUUCUGAAAACAGAUUUUUCCUAAAUUUAGCAGUAUCUUUUUCUUUAGGUUUUGCAGAAAUAAAAAGCACUUGUCAUUGUGACAUUGAGUUAGAAUGAACAGAUUUCUCAACUGGCUGUAAAGGGAAUAGUUAUACGCAGCACACAACUUAUUAAACUUGAUGUUUCACCUCUUCUAGAAGGUUUUUGCUGAAAAAUUUGUAGAAUGGGAGUUGGGUAGACAAAUGUUUCUAGGUCAAAACUGCUGCGGCAAAUCCAAGUUGGCCAAUUACAAGUUGAAAAACUGGCGCUGUGUACUAUCAACUGCUCAGAAUUGUUUUUUAAGUUAUUUGUAAAUUUGUUCCUCUAUAUAGUAGUAACGGUUUUGUAAAAGGUUAACGGUUCAUAUGUAAUAAUACAUCAUCAAAUAAUAUUCCACCUUGAUACUGUUUGCAUUAAAUUUAUUGUUAAUCACUUUAUUAUGUCAUACAAUAUGGCUGCUGGCAGAUGGGCCGGUUCAAGACUGUCUACGUAGGGUAAAUAAGUUACCUUGCUGUAAUGUAUCGUAAUAGCUAUGCUCCAUGCUCUAACUAUAGUGUUUAUCAGGUACCUAGGAAAAUUGGUCGUUUCUGACCUAGUGGUUCUAGACGAUGGGAUGUAUGAUUGGCAAAGUUUGCGUGUGUUGCUAGCAUCAGAGUUCCUUGCAAGAGGGGUUCACACCUAGCAUAUUCACUUUUAAAGGGUUUGUACGUUUACUCUUAAGUAUUUUAGUUGAUCUCUUUGCAAAAUGUCUCCGGUGUAGAUAAAACUAAUGAUAACUAAAACACGACAGACAUGCAAUGCUAUAUUGUUGAAAAGUGGAUUUAAAUUGUUUCCCCUACCCUAAUGCAAACCUAAAAAGUAAUAUUCUCAAAUUAUUUUGUAACACUUUUUUCAAAAUUUAUUAAAAAUCAAAUAGCUAAAUAUUUUUUAACCAACAGACAAUGUUUCAGAUAGAUACUUAAAGACUUCCUGUUGAUGUAAAAGAAUUUUACUGUUCUCAAAAUUACUAUUUAUUUAUUUUUUUGAUUAUUCUAAUUUCUAAAUCCCACGAACGUUUUCUUCCAAUGGGGAAUCAGUCAGAAUGCUCUCUGUGAAAACAUGGCUUUUAUCCAACCAACUGUGAAAGUAUAUUUCAAACUUCUAGUCAGCCUUAAUCGUGAGUACUCUUAAAUUUUAUCCUAAAUCGUUUGAUGUGCGAGACUAGAACCACUAUGGAUGCAGUCUCAUCACUAUCUUGUUUGCACUGUUGUUGUCAGUAGUUGGUGGAUGCCUUAAUUCUAUUAUGCCUUAGUCAUGGUUAUGUUCUGUAUUAUGCUCAUUUCAUACACCCUUGCUCAAUUUCAUGGUUGACCUAUAGAAUAUUAAAACAUUCUUGAAUACCAAUUUGUUUUAAACAGUUGUUGAGAAAUUUAUGCCCAGCAAGAAUUACUUUGGUCUUCUUUAUUUUGGUCCUCAUUUAUUUAUCAUACUUCAAUAAAACAACAAAACACUUCUCACUACAUUUUGAGUAGUUGAGUUAAAUUACUUCACACCUUUCAUCCUUAUAAGAUUCACCUAUUGUUCAUUAUCAUUAUCUAAAGUCUUUAUAUUCCAAUGUAUUAAAAUUAUUUGGCUAAUUCACCACUAUGUGGUAGGGUAUAAGAAGUUUUAAAUUUGGUAAAUGUUUUUAACAUGGGUGUAAAGAAAACGUCAAAUAAACUAUUGAAGGAAGUUACACUAGUUUUUUAGUCGUUUGUCAAUAUUAUCACCAAACUAAAAACAGUCUCACCCCUAAAAUUUGACUGAGAUAUAUCGUGUUAAAGAAUUGUUAAGAUCCAAAAGAACUAAAACCCGGUGUAUAGUCAAUGGUAUCUGACUUUAAUGUCCCUGUUUAAUUUAUUACAUCUACAUCUAAAUUGUUCUUAAACAAGUUGAUUACUGAAUUAUUUACAUUGUUCUAUUAUGAAUGAAUAAUGUAUAUAAAGAUAAUUAUUUGUUAUUACAAACAAAGAUUUGUAAGAGUUACUUUGUGAAUGUUUUGAUUGAUUAUAAUGUAUAGUAAAUUGUGUGUUUUAAUUUGAUUAUUUGGUAUUUUUCAUUGAUGAAGGUUGUUUGUAAUUUGUUAUUUUUAAGAAUUUCAUGUUUGCAAUUGAUUUAAACCAGAAUUAGCUCACAUUUUCACAUACAAGAAUGCUAAUGAAUUGAUUAUGUCAAUACUCCCAUCUUCUUUUUGAUUUUCAAUUAUUACAAAGCCAGUCAUGUUGUGGAAUCUACUUAGGUUUUUACUACCUUUCUGUUUUAGUCAGUUUAAGUUGAAGGCAUGGUAUAAUGGGUAUUUCUUGUUUAUAAAAUUGCUUUUAUGUAACUAAAAAUUCAUGCAAAUAACUUAUCAUUUAGUUAUGAUAAAAAAUGUAAUACAGUUUUUUAAAACACGAUGGAAGUUUCUGUAUGCGAUGAAAUGAGUUUAUGAACAUUACUGCCUAGUGAAAAUCAAAAGCUUUUUACUGCCAUGUUUGUUUGUUGGUUAAUUUAAGGUUUACCUGAAUGUUAAAUUAUCUUGCCUAUAUUUAUUGGAAUGAGAAACUUAAAAAACUAUAUCUAAAGGCGUAUCAGUGGGAGUGUACUAUGCCCGGCUAUUGAUUGAUUAUACAAUUUGCCUUACAUAAUAUUAACUUGUUGUAUUUGUUGAAGAUAAACCCUUACUUGAGCUAACCAGAGGUGUUGUUGAUAUUUAUAGUUUCUAAUCAGUUUUCCCCUCAGUUACUAUUUACUCUAUUUCCUCAAGUACAAAAUUUGCCACAGAAAGAGUAAAUUGCAAAUACUUUGAAUUAUUUAAACUUAAACAUAUUAAUCCUACAAUAUCAAACCAAUAUUGUAUAAACAAAUGCCAUAGGCAAUUGUUUAACUAUUGGAUGACAAUUUUAAAACCAAACCAUAAUGAGUUAUUUGGGUUUUUUCGUUCUGAAGUUUAUAUCAGUACAACACUUUCAAGAAACAAAUAUGAUAUCUCAGUUAAGGUGGGCUGGUAAAAAUAAGAAAUGCAGGGGUUUUCAGACGUAUAAUAGUAACUGAGGAUGGAUUUUAUAUCCUUGCCCAGGCCUUAUAAUUCAAUUCUGAUUUAAAAUUUCAAUUAUAUUACCUUAAGCAAGGGUCAUAUCCUUGUAUGAUCCUCUUGUAUCACCUAAUUCCUGUUUUACAUUCCCGUUAAAAUUUUACCCUAUAUUCAUAAGUAUGAUGUAGUACUAAGUAUUUGUUUUACAGUAUUAGGUAUAAAUGGACUUUAUACUCAAGAAUUUGUUUAAAUCAUUGUGCUUAUUUUUUGAAUAAAUAAUUUUUUAGAACGUUGAAUGGAAUAUUGUGUAAUGUUGGGAAUCGUAAUAAUUGGGAAUCGUAAUGUUGAUAGAGACGGUAUGUUUGGUUUUAUAUGUGAUCCUAUUGGCGUCUAGGUAUGUUUACAUACAACGGUCCGUUUUGUAGCAGAGGUCUGAUUGUAUAUAUUAUUCAGACCAGUUUUAAUGUGAAAACCAAAAGUACAAGUGUAUAUAUUGUUGACUUUCGCUCAAUCGAGUUUGAUUGUGAUUAUGAUCAAAAGUUGUACAAAUUCUUGAAGCAGUCUCGAUGCCGUUUACCCUUUGUUAUUUAAGUCACUGCGACAUUGUACAGGUAGAAAAAAACUAUUAUUUUUUGUAACUCCCUUAUUCUAUCGGAAUAAAAAUGCAACAAUAA